GACCCGGAAGUGGAGUUGCAGAGUCACGGCAGUGGCUGAGCUGCUGACAGGAGGCGGCGGCGGAGGUGGAGGCGAGGCAAGACCUGCGGCUCUGCAGGGCCACGGUCGCUGUAGCGCUAGGCAAGCUGACGGAGCCACGCCGGCCUCAGCCCACCUGCAAACCUCCCGCCUCGUGCCCACCCUCCAUCUGCCCGACUGGUCCGGGGCGGCCUAGUCUGCACCAACGACCCGGCUCCUGGGGCCGCCGCCCCGCGCGGUCCCGUCGGCGUCCCUGGCCGCGCCCGACCCCCGGCCCCCUAGCCCACCGGCACCAUGAUGGAGGAGAUCGACCGGUUCCAGGUGCCCACCGCGCACUCGGAGAUGCAGCCGCUGGACCCAGCCGCCGCCUCCAUCUCAGACGGAGACUGUGACGCCCGGGAGGGUGAGUCAGUAGCCAUGAAUUACAAACCAUCCCCGCUCCAAGUGAAGCUGGAGAAGCAGCGGGAGCUGGCCCGGAAGGGCUCCCUGAAGAAUGGCAGCAUGGGGAGCCCCGUCAACCAGCAACCCAAGAAGAACAAUGUCAUGGCCCGGACAAGGCUGGUCGUCCCCAAUAAAGGCUACUCCUCGCUUGACCAGAGCCCAGACGAGAAGCCACUGGUAGCCCUUGACACGGACAGUGAUGAUGACUUUGACAUGUCCAGAUAUUCCUCCUCUGGCUACUCCUCUGCUGAGCAGAUCAACCAAGAUUUGAACAUCCAGCUGCUGAAGGACGGCUACCGGUUAGACGAGAUCCCCGACGAUGAGGACCUGGACCUCAUCCCCCCCAAGUCUGUGAACCCCACCUGCAUGUGCUGCCAGGCCACGUCCUCCACCGCCUGCCACAUUCAGUAGCUGGCGGGGCCACUGCGGCCGGCCGGGGUGGGGCCGCCGGGGGCCAGGUUGGACCAGGCAGGGGCCAACCCCUCCCCAGCUCAUCCACCUGCCCCCGGCCCCCGCGCACCCUACAGCCGCCAACCUCGUAACAGUCAUUGCUUCCUCCUAUGGUAGGACGUGUACCUCUGUGUGUUCAUGGAGCCGGAGAAACCAAAACCGGGUCUCUCUCCACCCCCGGGAGUGCUGAGGAGGGGAGGGGGCGGUUUGUUCAGUUACUUGGGGGACCUCGCCCAGCAUCCUGCCCCCUCCCCAAAGCUGCAGCCCAGUAGAGGAAAGGGGUGACUGGACUGCAAGGAGGCCAACAGUAAUGAGUGGGGGAGGGAUCACAAAGCCAGGGGUUUGGACCCACCCACGUGAAGCCAUGAAUCCCCCAGCACCAGCCAAGGAAAGGGGCUGGGAAGGAGAAAGGCCCAGGGCAGUAGGGGCAGGGCCCAGCCCCUUAGAGCCACCUCCACAUGCCCCCCUGCUGGCCCACGUACCAUCUGCGUUUCUACCCUCAUCUCUAGAUGGGAAGCCUGAUAAAGCUGCCCAGUAGGAUAUUGUCCCCCACCCUUGGGGAUCACUGCCUUCUUUCUCCUCUUUGCCUCAUUCACCCCCUUCCUUGCUCUCUGGAUUGUGUGGAGGGUGAGGUGGGCG